GCCGUGCAGAGAGACGCGGCUGCGCACACGGACUUGUAGCUUCCUUACUUUCUUUUAAAUUUUAUCAUGGACUUCAGAUCAUUUGCACACAAGCUGCUGACUUGUCGAUGAAGGUGUGGUGACAGGUCUUAUCUGCCCCAAUGGAGAAAUAUGAAAAGCUGGCUAAGAUAGGAGAGGGUUCCUACGGCGUCGUGUUCAAAUGCAGGCACAGAGACACCGGCCAGGUCGUCGCCAUCAAGAAGUUUGUGGAGUCUGAAGAUGAUCCAGUCAUUAAGAAGAUAGCCCAGAGAGAAAUACGGAUGCUGAAGCAGCUGAAACAUGUCAACCUGGUCAACCUGCUGGAGGUCUUCAGGAGGAAAAGACGGCUCCACUUGGUGUUUGAGUUCUGUGAACAGACGGUCCUCAACGAGCUGGACAAACACCCUGGAGGGGUCCCCGAGGGUCAGCUGAAGAGUAUAGUGUGGCAAACCCUCCAGGCCGUCAACUUCUGUCACAAGCACAAUUGCAUCCACCGUGACGUGAAGCCGGAGAACAUCCUCCUCACUAAGUCCGGAGUCAUCAAGCUGUGCGACUUUGGGUUUGCCCGUAUUUUGACCGGUCCAGGGGAUGACUACACAGACUAUGUGGCAACCCGCUGGUAUCGCGCCCCUGAGCUGCUCGUGGGGGAUACUCAGUACGGCCCCCCUGUGGACGUGUGGGCGCUGGGCUGCGUGUUUGCCGAGCUGCUCCAUGGGAAUCCCCUCUGGCCUGGGAGGUCUGAUGUGGACCAGCUUUACCUAAUGCGGAAAACUCUAGGCGACCUCAUCCCUCGUCACCAGCAGGUCUUCCGCUCCAAUGUCUUCUUCAGUGGAGUCAACAUCCCUGAACCCGACACGAUGGAGCCCCUGGAGAAGCGCUUCCAUGGAGUGUCAUCACAUGCUCUUCAGGUUAUGAAGUCAUGCCUGGUGAUGGACCCGUCACUCAGGCUGUCCUGUGAGGAGCUCCUGGAGCUGCCUUACUUCCAGGAGGAUGGAGGAGCCAGCUGGGGCCGUGAGGGAGAGCGACCCGGGAGGCGACAUGAAAGAGGAUCUAGACGCCGUCAGACGGGGCCUCAGUACCUGCCUCAGCUACCAAGCAGCAACAUCUCACCUGCACCAGAUAUCAAGAAACAGGUGAAGCAUAAAUAUGACCAUCACCUGCCCAAUAUCUAACUCUAUGUGAAGGUGGA